CGAAUGUUUAUAUGCAAAACCCAAUGAUAAAUGUAUUUGAUCAUUAUGAUGUUUUAAUUAACUUCAACUGAACUACUCGUAGAGGAGUAGCGUUAGCUUUGUAACACCUGGUAGCUUCACGCUCGGGCCAUUUUACGACCGUUCAAUGCCUGCCAUUCACAAGGCUGAACAUCAAAUAUUAUUUCCGCCCUCAACUUCAGCCUUCUACAUCCAAUCCAAUCCACGCCAUGCACCCCCCCAAACCAUGUCCCAACGUCUAUUCUCCGCCCUGAAAAAAGGAUCUUCCACGCUACACUUCUUCAAAGAAUUCUCUUUCUACAGUAUCAUAAUCGUAUCAUGGCUGCCCGCCGUGAUCUUCUUUCAAGAACAUGUCGCCGCGCUGCACACCAUUAAGGGCGCUUCCAUGUAUCCAUUUUUGAAUAGUGGGUAUCAUGAGAGUCAGACGAAGGAUGUAUGCUUAGUUUAUAAGAUGAAUCCUACUAAGGGAUUGGAGAGAGGGAUGCUGGUUUCUUUCAGGUUUGUCUUUCUUUCCUUUACUAUAUUUAGAGAAAAAUUCAAAUCACAAUCACGGAUACAUUACUAACCUCCCUCCUAAAGAUCCCCCUACCGUCCCGAAACCCUAGUAGUAAAACGCAUCAUAGCACUCGAAGGUGAUCGCGUCUACACGCGCUCUCCGUAUCCAUACCCGAUAGCAGAUAUUCCGGCGGGACAUGUAUGGGUUGAAGGGGAUAAUAAUGCGGAUGCGAGGAAUUCGCUAGAUAGUAAUCAUUAUGGUCCUAUUUCGGUUAAUAUGAUUAAUGGGAAGUUGACGAGGGUGCUUUGGCCUUGGGGGAGUAUGGGGGCUAUUAGGUGGGAAGGGUGGAGGGGGAGGACGAAGGUGAUUAGGGGUGGAAUUGGGGUGUGAUGGGAGGGAGAGUAGAGGGGAUGGGAUGGGAGAGGGGAUGAAAUGAGGGGGUUCGGCGAAGAAGGGCUGGGUUUAUGUUAUGGAUGUUUUUGGGUAAUGUGUUGGAGGGCUGGGUUCUUGAAGAUAUGCAUGUCAUUUUCAAUGUAGUCAUCGGAGUAUGCAGUAUAUUAGACAGAUAGGAAUCUCGAGAAGCAAUCAA